CUCUCCAGAUGGACAAAGCUUCCGAACCUCAGUGGACGAGGUGCCUGCCUCUUUAAGAAAGAACAGGGAUCCAUCCAAGGACAUUGACGAUGACUCUGAUGAAGACUAUGAGAAUGUUCAAUUACCCGAUUCUGUGUUUGUGGACAUAACAGAAACAAGCAUUGUUGAAAAGUUAUUUAUGGAAAGCUCCAGUUCACCGCAGGACGGUCUCUACUGCAUCAGGAACUCAGGAACAAAGACAUCAAAGGUGCUGGUGGUGUGGGAUGUGGAUCUGUGCAAGGCCAGAAACUACAGGCUCUUUGAGGAGGACUCCCGGGUGUUCCUGGAGUUUGAGAUUACAUUUGCCUCCCUGUCAGCCCUAGUGGAACACUACCAUAGCCACCCUCUACCCAAUCACGACUCUCUGUGUCUGCAGCAGCCAUAUGGUUACAUCAUGCCCAGAUGACCCUGUCCUGACUCUACCUGAGGCCAUUGGCUCAAACGGACUCUCUCCUUUUGGGCAUCUAAUACAGUGCUGCAACUGUCAUGAACUACAGUCAAAACCUGCUGUGGUAGAAACAAAAUGACACUGGCCCCUGUAGGGCAAGUCAGAUUGUUGCAUUUCUGUAACCAAGCCUGAGUUUUUGUUGGAGUGAUUCUGAUGAGCGUCAUGGCAUGGGAUCUAGCCCGAAACAAUGCUUGGGCAGAGGUGCAACGAGUGCACAUGGUUGCAGUUGUGAAGAAAAUAUGGUAUCUGUGAGGAGGACAAUGAGCUCGAUAUACAGAACAAAGUUGUAUUAUGUGAGGACUACUGCAGGACUAGUACUCUAAAGGUCUGUCAUUACACUGGAUGGCACUGCUGUAGUGUUGUUCAGAAUACAAGCAAAAUGUGAAGAUUUGUGGGUUGAUUGCACAUUAAUGUCGGAAUAUUAAGCACUGGUUUUGCAUUACGUAUUGAGGACCAAUUAUGUGUAAAUCACUUAUUUAUUCCAGAAAGUUUAUGAAAUGUAUCAUAUUAUCUUCAGAAAAAAAGUUAUAUUUUAAAAUGCUUAGAUAAUGAUGGCUGUGAAUAUGGUGCAUAAAAACCUAUGCUAUCAAACUGUCCACACAUCCUAUUGCACUGUACAGAACUGUCCAUUUGGGAUAUGUAAAUUAAAUGUAUUGUAUAAAAUUAUUUUGUAAAAUUC